AGUCAUUGGAAAUUUUCUCCCAAGUAGAAGCAUCAAGCUAAGCCUAAUAAGCUAUUUUGAUUUUCUUAUAGCUGUGAUGGGAGGUGCAUGAGGUCCUUUCAUGCAACUGAAGAGGAUGGUGAUUGUUUCUCGCUCGGUCUCUCUAAAGAAGAAGUAGAUGCAAUUGAAACCUUUAUUUGCAAGAAUUGCGAGUACAAACACACCAGUGCUAUGCUUGCGGGAAUUUAGGUUCAUCUGAUCAGUCUUCUGGUGCUGAGGUCUUCCAAUGCGUAAAUGCAACUUGUGGUUAUUUUUAUCAUCCUAAAUGUAUUUCAAGAUUGCUUCAUCCGGAGAAUAAAGUUGCCGCUGGAGACCUUGAGAAGAAGAUUGCAUCUGGAGAAUCUUUCUCAUGCCCUGUGCAUAAGUGCUCUGUUUGUGCGCUCGGCGAAAAUAAGAAAAUAUGGGAACUACAGUUUGCUGUUUGUCGACGGUGUCCAAAAUCAUACCACAGGAAAUGCUUACCAAGGAAAAUCACUUUUGAAGGUUCUGAGGAUGGUGAAACCCGACCAGGGCAUGGGAAAAGCUAUUACCUAAUCACAUUUUGAUAUAUUGCUUGGACCACGAGAUUGAUGAAGAAAUUGAGACUCCUGCUAGAGACCAUAUAAAAUUUCCUGGUCUUGAAGAGAGUAGGCUUCCCAUUCAGAAAAGGAAACUUCCUAUCAGUGAUACAAGACGAGGGAAGACGAUAGUUUUUCGUGGCAGUAGGGAGAAUGUUGUAUCAAAGAAGGGAUCUAUGCCAGAUGACCUUCAGGGAAAAUCUGCUGCAAAAGUAUCCAAAUCAUUUGAGAGGUCCUCAUCUGAUGGGAAGCUUCUUGGUAAAGUGACUGCGAAAUCAUUGUGGAGUUCUGAGUCUAAAAAUGUGAAAUUGGGUAACAUUUCAAAAACUGUUUGAAUCAAAAAGGAGAAUCUGUCCUCAUGGACAUUGAUAAGACGAUCAAAGUGAAAAAAUCCUCCUUAGUUGGCAAGUCUGCCAUACCAACCAAGAGAUUUGAUCCAAGUAAGAUUUACAAGGAGGAUAGAAGUGGGAUGCUCCUAUUAGAUGCCAAUUCGGAGAGGAGGUUAAUGGACAUGAUGAAAAAUGUUGCAUCGUCAAUUACUUUGGAAGAUGUAAUUAAGAAGCACAAAGUCCCAUCUACUCAUGCAUAUUCUUUAAAACAUGUAGUGGACAAGACAAUUAAGAUGGGGAAGUUGGAAGGGUCAGUUGUGGCUGUUCGAGCUGCUCUGCGCAAGCUUGAUGAAGGAUGUUGCAUUGAGGAUGCAGAAGCUGUUUGUGAGCCUGAAGUUCUUAACCACAUAUUUAAGUGGAAGAACAAACUCAGAGUAUAUCUUGCACCAUUUCUGUAUGGCAUGCGCUACUCCUCCUUUGGUUGUCAUUUUACAAAAGUUGAGAAACUUGUGGAGGUAUACUUGUUUUUGCAGCAAUGUUUUUCUUCGAUUUAAGAGUACUUUGGUUGUCUUAUCUUUUUAAUUAUGGAAGCAUGGUCAUGAUAUGUUAUACUGGGUACUUCAAGGAACUUGUUUGGUGACAACAAGAUUGUAUUGGGGGCAAAGUAUCAAAAAUCCAUUGUCGAAGCAUGAUGUGUACUACUGCACAUCGGGACUCCCAACGAUAAGCCAGAAUUCAAGUAGUACAACCUUAAUUGAACUUGGAGAUUUAAGACA